AUGGCGCAAGAUAGCGAGCUUUCUAAGUCGGCCGACAAGGGCAAGGGGAAGGCCGUUGACGAUGAGACACCAAAGGACAAGGCUGGCCAGCCAGCGGCGAACGGCAAGAAAGAAGAUGAUAAGGACGAGCCAUCCGAAGAGUUGAGCGAAGAGGAUCAGACGCUCAAGAAUGAGCUUGACAUGCUCGUCGAGCGGUUGACGGAAUCCAAUGCGUCACUCUACAAGCCAGCCCUCGAGGCGAUGAAGAACUUUAUCAAGACAUCCACAUCCUCGAUGACAGCGGUCCCUAAACCGCUCAAGUUUCUACGGCCACACUAUGAGACGAUGACGAAGCUCUACGACGAAUGGCCUGCGGGUGACGACAAGAAUUCUUUGGCCGACGUGCUGUCGGUCAUCGGCAUGACCUACUCCGACGAGGAACGCCAGGACACCCUGAAGUAUCGUUUGCUUGCGCCCACACAAGAUAUCGGCUCGUGGGGCCAUGAAUACGUUCGCCACCUCGCCCUUGAGAUUGGCGAGGUUUACGGCAAGCGCAUUGCCGCCGACGAAUCGACCACAGACCUAGUUGACUUGGCCCUUACCCUCGUGCCUCUUUUCCUUCAAAGCAACCAGGAGGCGGACGCCGUGGACCUGAUGAGCGAGCUGGAGAUCAUCGACGAGCUUCCCAAGUUCGUCGACGAGAACACGUACGGGCGGGUUUGCCUGUACAUGGUCUCGAUGGUCAACCUGCUCACGUACCCGGAUAACGAGCAAUUUUUGCGGGUGGCACACGGUAUCUACAAGACAUACAAGCAGUACACGCAGGCCAUGGUGCUGGCUAUUAGGCUCAACGACAUUGAGCUGAUCGAGACUGACUUUGACGACGCCCCGAAUGCAGCCUUGAAGAAGCAGCUUGCCUUCCUGGUCGCCCGCCAAAGGAUAUGCCUGGAAACCGACCGCGAGACCCCGGAAGACGAAGAGAUUGUGGAUUGCAUUGGCAACGUCAAGCUGCCGGAGCACUUCAAGUCUCUUGGCAAGGAGCUCAACAUCCUGGAACCCAAGACUACUGAAGAUAUCUACAAAAGCCAUUUGGAGAGUAGCCGUGUGGCCGGCCUAACCAACUUUGACUCGGCCCGCAACAACCUCGCGGCCGCGUUUGUGAAUGCGUUUGUGAAUGCGGGCUUCGGGAAUGACAAGAUGAUGCUGGUGGACAAGGAGAAGGACAAGGACAGUUGGGUGUGGAAGACCAAGGAGGAGGGCAUGAUGUCGACGGUUGCAUCGCUAGGGACGCUACUGAUGUGGGAUAUUGAGAAUGGAUUGGACCAGGUUGAUAAGUACACCUACCUUGAAGAAGAGCAGAUCCAGGCCGGUGCCUACCUCGCCAUCGGCAUCAUGAACUCGGGCGUCCGCCUGGAUUCGGAACCUGCCAUGGCCCUGCUCGCCGAUCACGACAAGCUCAACCACAAGAACCCCCUGAUCCGAGUCGCCGCCAUCAUGGGUCUCGGGCUGUCGUAUGCCGGCUCAAACAAGGAUGAGCUUCUCGCCUAUCUCAUUCCCAUCAUCUCCGAUACCAGCCAAGAGAUGCGGGUGUCGGCCAUGGCAGCACUCGCUUGCGGCCUCGUUUUCGUCGGGUCAUCACACGCCGAGGCUGGCGAGGCCAUUAUCAUGACGCUGAUGGAUGACGAGCGUAAGAGCCAGCUCACGGAUAAAUGGACUCGCUUCCUUGCGCUCGGCUUGGGGCUUCUCUACUUUGGCCGCCAAGAGGAAGUUGAUGUCGUCCUAGAGACUCUGAAGGUAGUAGAGCACCCCAUGGCGAAGCCGACAUCUGUGCUGGCCUCGAUCUGCGCGUGGGCUGGUACUGGCGCCGUCCUUAAGAUCCAGGAGCUGCUCCACCUCUGCAACGAGCACAUGGAAGAGUCGGACGAGAAGAAGGGCGAUGAGCUGCUCCAGGCGUAUGCCGUGCUCGGUAUCGGGCUUAUUUCCAUGGGCGAAGAUGUGGGCCAAGACAUGGUUCUCCGCCACUUCGGCCAUCUCAUGCACUACGGCGAGGCGAACAUCCGCAAGGCCGUACCUCUAGCUAUGAGUCUUAUCAGCCCCAGCAACCCGCAAAUGAAGAUUUACGACACGCUUUCGCGGUACAGCCACGACAAUGACAACGACGUCGCCAUUAACGCCAUUUUCGCCAUGGGUCUCUUGGGUGCGGGCACCAACAACGCAAGGUUAGCGCAACUGCUCCGCCAGCUUGCCAGCUACUACCACCGCGACCAAGAAUCGCUCUUUAUGGUGCGCAUCGCCCAAGGCCUCCUGCACAUGGGCAAGGGCACGCUGUCCAUCAACCCGUUCCAUACGGACCGCCAAAUCCUGUCCCGCGUCUCAGCGGCCGGCCUGCUUACGGUCCUUGUGGCGAUGAUCGACUCGAAGCAGUUCAUCACCAGCAACUCGCAUUACCUCCUGUACUUCCUUGUUACAGCCAUGCACCCACGCUUCCUGGUCACGCUUGAUGAGAAUCUCAAGCCACUGACGGUCAACGUUCGUGUUGGCCAGGCAGUGGAUGUCGUCGGCCAGGCGGGUCGUCCCAAGACCAUCACGGGAUGGCAAACCCAGAGCACACCGGUGCUGCUAGCGUACGGUGAGCGUGCGGAGCUUGAGGACGAGGAGUACAUUAGCUUGAACAGCACCCUCGAGGGUUUGGUGAUUCUGCGCAAGAACCCCGAAUGGGAGGAUGGAAAAUAA